CUAAUAACUUGACUAUCAUUAGCAUACGAACAAAUAUGCCGCCUCGUCGAUCUUCAAGAACGUCGCAGUCACAGCAAGAUGAGAGUGCUGAAAGUGGAAGCAAUGAUCUGUUUCGAGGCGGUGAAGAUGCAGCGAUGGAAGAAGGAGGCGAUUCCCUCAAAGCAACAGAGGUUGAGGCAGAUGUCGGCUUGACCGGAAAUGAAGAAGCGACAAAGGAUGAAACUCCUCCCAAUCCUGUAGAGGAUGUAGACAUGCAAGAUGCUGCUGCUCCUCAACCCGAAAGCAAGGAACCAAGUAUCACUAAACAGCAGGUCGACAUUCCCACCGAAAUGGAAGAUGAAACGCAGCCACAAGUAGCUUCAACAUCAGAAGAGCAAGUCGGAGCCGAUGCUUCAAUCGAGAAGAACGAUGUAACCUCAACACUUUCUAGAGAUGAGCCAGUCGCAUCCUCUCAAUCUGGUGAACUGUUAGCAUCCUUACCCGUCUACAUGAGCAAUUCCUUGCCCUCUUCUUCCACUCUGCAAAUCUUUCAAUAUCCAACAUACCCGAGAGGUCAACCUCUACCAUUCCCGCAAAGCGCUCGUGAGAGAGGAUUACAAGCUGCAAUGCGUACCAGACCACGAGCAAAACGAGUAGAAGUUGAACUUCCUCUUGAUCUUCGUCCUCCGGUAUACAACACAGACCGAGGAGAAGAAUUUGGUGAAGGCGCCACAGCUGCAGGACCUAUCGGACCCGGGCCCAAAGGAACAAAUGCACCAUCUUCAGCAAUGAAAGGCAGUGAAAAGAGAGUCAAGAGUGAAUUUGGCGGUUUUCAGUCUAUGUCCUCCUCUUCUUCUGAAAAUCGGAAAAAGUUGGAAAGGACUCGCUUGGAAAGUAUUUUGAUGCCUCAUCAAACAAAGUAUAUGCUUGGCGUAAUUCGUGAUAAAGCCGUUCAUCUUACACCUGUCGAUAGCGUACAUCAAUUGCGACCUUCGAUGCAUUAUAUUGACGCUUUGGAAGCUUUAAAAAGACAACAAGAUAAAGCUGCAGAAGAACAAAAUCGAGCAGAAGAUGAAGAUGAAGAAGAUGCGCGACCGAAUGGAGCACAAAAAGCUAGAAAAGCGCAAAGUUUGAACGUUAGUAUUCGUAAUGAUGGUAGUUCUUCAUCUACCGCUCGACAAGGCGCAGGUGUUGGCGGUGGUGGUGCCGGAGGAGAUAGUCGUGAUUAUCUCAUGCAAGCUGAAAGGGAAGCAGAAAGUGAAAGAUGGAUUUCGCUUGAUUGGAAGAUGGACGAACGAUCAGAUGAAGCAAGAAAGACGUUUGAUAGUCAUUUGUUUGCCGUUGAUAAAACGACAAGAUUACAAUGCAAGACCAAACCGAGAGAAUAUCUCAGAAUGUGAUCCAAAUAGAAUUUUGUACAAUGUAUAUUAAUCAUCAUCAUGGUAGAAUGCUAGAAAGAGUG